CCCAAGACACAUCGAAGAGCGCCUGCCGCAACAAUCUUUUGAGAAGAUGUCCAACAACAUCCAAGACUCAUGGGAGGAUGACCCCGCUGCCCAGGACGAGAACCUGGCCCGGCAGGCCCAGCAGCAGAUGAACCUGGGCGGCCAGCAGGUUCAGGGGGGGUUCCGGCCCGGCGCCGCUUCAUUCCAGCCCACCGCGCAAACCUUCCAGCCGGGCCAGGCGUUCGGUGGCGGCGGUUUCGGGCAGUACCAGCAACCGUACUACGGCGGGCAAGGGUAUUACCCGCAGUAUGGGGGCCAACAGAACUUUGGGCAAUACGGCCAGCAGGGCUAUGGCGGCGUCUACGGCCAGGGGGGUUACAAUCAACAGCAAUACGGUCAGUGGCAGGGCUACCAGCAGCAGCAACAGCUCCCACAGCACCAGCAAGGGCAGACUCAGCAGCAGGCCUCUAAGCCGGCUCCCACCAUCGCAAAGCGCCCGACCGAUGCCCCUGCCGCUCCGGUGGCGGCUGCGCCCGCGCCAAAGCCGACCGUUGCCAAGGAGGGCGGCGCAAAGGUCCUGAGCAUCGGCGGCGACGCCAAACCCAAGGCUAAGGUCCUGUCUAUUGGCGCAACUGCCCCUGCCAAGGAGGAGGCGAAGAAGGAGGAACCAACAAAGGAAGAAGCCAAAAAGGCCGAGGCGAAGAAGGAGGGUACUGCCGAAGCCGCCGCCAAGGUUACAGCGGCAAAGGCCAUCGAGAAGACCGACCCCACCGCGGCUAGCGGCAAGACCUCACCCACUCCGUCAUCUGGCCGCUCUAGCCCAUCCCGCGGGGCCUCGAAAGGCGAGAAACGCGAUGUCAAUGCUGUGGAAAAGGAGCAAGCAGCCGAUGUCGACGACGAGACGCUUAAGGAAAUAUACGGCAAGGAGCACGUGAAUAUAAUCUUUAUUGGCCACGUCGAUGCCGGCAAGAGUACUCUCGGCGGUGCUAUCCUGUACGUCACGGGCAUGGUAGACCAGCGAACUCUGGACAAGUACAAGAGGGAGGCCAAAGAGAUGGGUCGUGAGACGUGGUAUCUGUCGUGGGCCCUCGACUUGACCAACGAGGAACGUGCCAAGGGCAAGACAGUCGAAGUCGGCCGUGGUUUCUUUGAGACUGAGAAGAGGCGAUACAGCAUCCUCGACGCACCCGGCCACAAGACAUAUGUGCCGAACAUGAUCGGCGGCGCUUCCCAGGCCGAUGUUGGUAUCCUGGUCAUCAGCGCGCGAAAGGGCGAGUACGAGACGGGAUUUGAGAAGGGGGGCCAGACCCGCGAGCACGCCAUGUUGGCCAAGACUCAAGGUGUGAACAAGCUGGUGGUGGUCAUUAACAAGAUGGACGACCCGACCGUCAACUGGUCCCAGGAGCGCUACAUUGAAUGCACAACCAAGCUCCAGCAGUUCUUGAAGGGUACUGGGUACAAUCUCAAGACAGACGUCUUCUUCAUGCCCAUUGCGGCUCAGCAGACGAUGGGUAUCAAGGAUCGCGUGCCCAAGGACAAGUGUCCCUGGUAUGACGGGCCGUCGCUGCUCGAGUACCUCGACAGCAUGCAGGCACUAGAGCGCAAAGUCAACGCGCCCUUCAUGAUGGCUGUAGCGGGCAAGUACCGCGACAUGGGCACCAUGAUUGAGGGCAAGAUCGAGGCUGGUGUGGUCAAGAAGGGCAUGAGCUUGGUCAUGAUGCCCAACAAGCAGAACGUCGAAGUGGCGGCUGCGUACGGCGAGACCGAGGACGAAGUCCCUAUCGCCCAAUGCGGUGACCAGGUUCGUCUCAGGCUCCGCGGUAUCGAAGAGGAGGAAAUCUUGCCGGGCUUCGUCCUCUGCUCGCCCAAGCGUUUGGUCCACAACGUGUCCCAAUUUGAGGCGCAGAUCCGCAUUCUGGACCUGAAGACCAUCCUCACGGCCGGCUUCAACUGCGUCCUGCACGUCCACGCCGCCAUCGAGGAGGUCACCUUUGCCGCGCUGCUCCACAAGCUGCAGAAGGGCACUGGCAGGAAGAGCAAGGUUCCCCCGUCCCACGCCAAGAAAGGCGACAGCAUCAUUGCCAUUCUGCAGGUGACGGGUGGCGCCGGGUCGGUGUGCGUUGAGAGGUUCGAGGAUUAUCCCCAGAUGGGUCGCUUUACGCUGCGUGACCAAGUAAGUCUUGUACCAUGGGGUGUGCUUUGUAUGCUUGGUUUCGCUAACGAACUCGAAGGGACAAACUAUUGCCAUUGGCAAGAUUACC